AUGGUAGCGCAGGGCGGCAAAGCCGCUGGCUUUCACGUCUUGAUCAUUGGCGCAGGCUCGGUAGGCCUUCUACUAGCACAACGCCUCAAGGUGCUUGACAUUCCCUGUACGGUCUAUGAACGCGAAGUGCAUCUCAACGCCCGAGGCCGUAAUUGGAAUUUUGGCAUCUAUUGGGCGCAGGCACCUCUCGCAGAAUGCUUGCCACAACCCGUCCAGGAUGCCAUCUCAAAAGCGCAAGUGAAGCCACAUGCGAAGAUUGAUGAAGGGGCAACUAUGCCAAUCUUGAAUGCCGAAACGGGAGAAGUAUUGAUGAGAGCGCCGACGCCGAAUGUGCUUAGGUUAAAUCGAGCGAGGUUGAGGGAGGUGCUUGCUCAGGCAAUCGAUGUGAAGUAUGGCAAACGGCUCAAAAGCGUCGAGAAGGGGGACGACGGCAAAGGGGUCAUUGCAACCUUUGAAGACGGGACCACUGCAUCAGGCAACUUGCUCGUUGGGGCAGACGGUGCAAAGUCUCGAGUACGACAGGCCCUGCUGGGUGCCGAAAGGGGAGGCUUGCAAACGCUGCCACUGAUGGGCCUUAGAGCAUUGGGUACCCUGCCAGCUAAGAUUGCACUAGAAUUGAAGAACCGAAUCAAUGCAGACUUGGUCGUCACCGUUCAUCCCGUUGGGCUCGUGGCUUUCAUCGCUGUCCACGAUAUUCCAGACGAAAACCGCCCAGAGACAUGGGUCUGGCUAUUUCACCUGACAUAUCCAUAUGACGCGAAUAGAGAGUCCCUCACUGACGCUAUCGAGAUUCGGAAGAUAUGGGACGACUUCAGCCACAAGUUGGCAUCGCCUCUUCAAGACGCGUUUCUGUCCGCGGCGGAGCGAUCAACCCUCCUGACUGACCGGCUUGGCGACUGGCCUACCGUCACUUGGGAUAAUUGGGGUGGCAGCGUGACGUUGGCGGGCGAUGCUGCCCAUCCGAUGACUUAUCAUCGCGGACAAGGUCUCAACAACGCCGUCCACGACGCGGCGUACCUCGGCAGAGCGCUCAAUUCUGUUUGUUACGAGGACAAGCCGCUCGAAGAGGCCAUCGAUGUGUAUGAGAAAGAGGUUGUGGAGCGAGGGUACGCAGCGGUUGUGUCGUCGACGGAAAACUCGAUGAUGAUGGUCGAUUGGGAGAAGUUGAAGCAGAGCCCGUUGUUUAAAUACGGAUUGAAGCAAGGGAGCAGGGCCUGA